AUGUUACACGAAACGAUUCGUAACGUCGAUUUUGAGAGCAAUACAGGGUGGCAAUGUUGGAACAAUGUUGCAACCAUUCCAAACAAUAUCGCAACAAUGUUGCAACGCCGUGUUGCGGCUUGCGCGAAAAAUCGUGGUUGCGAAUUCGAGUGAACGUUCGAAUUUUCAACCGGUCAAAAAUUCGUCCUGUUGACUUUUUGAUUUUCUCUUUGCUGUUGCUGUCUCGACAUCGUAAAUUUCCUCUUGAGUGCCAAGUGUACGACAGGUUGCUACUUUUUACCAAUCCUGAAUCAGCCACAGGGCGUAGCAAAGCAGUGGGUGCGGGGAGAAGGAAGGAACAGAGGGGAAAAAAAUAGAGAAGUGUGUUGAGAUGUCGCAAUGACAAUAUUGUACAUCUCUGGCUUAUCAGUGUCACAACUUGAAAUAUGAAAUAGCGAAGUCUCGAUCGUUUAUAAUGUUGACAAAUUUUUCUCCGAACUCACACAAGUGAGUAUGCUCGCUGGCUACUGUUGUUGUUGAAUAGUUUUGAUAUUAUUCAAUUUUCAGACUGUUUCAUUCAGCGCUGGGGUCCCGAUCACUUCCAUCAUAGAAAUGGCCAUAUCUUACAAUUAUGAAUACCUAGCAAUGUUUACAGACACUGGUUUGUUAUGGAUAGGAUCAGCAGAUUUACAGGUGGGUAUAACGCUGUUACACUGUUCAGCCCGCAAAUUCAGCUAUCAGAGGACGAGUUCGAGCAGCUAGCGCCGAGUUGACUCUGAUUCUUAGAAAAUGAGAACGAGUGGCGGUCUAAUUCAACUAGCAGUACUAGCUUUAAUUCUAUACCCAGGUUUGAAGAAGGUGUGUAAAAAGGCUUUUGUUUAUACUACUUGAAUUUGAGGUAUCUUUUCUUGUAACGAAUGAAGACCCGUAAAAUUAAAAUAUCAUCAUUAAUUUAGUUUAGCCACUUCUUCCUCGGAAACCUUGCAAAAAAAAUUUUAUGUCAUCGCAAAGUUGAUUUUUAUUGCGUUCACUUAAUUUUCCGACAUCUCCGCAAAGCGAGGAAGCUUAGCAACCCGGGCCGCUAGGCCAGGCCCUGAAGAGGUCAACUUAAGUGCGCCUGUAUUUCGUAGUUCUUUGAAUUUUGCAGUUAUUGUUGUAUUUCUGUCUUCUUUAGAAAGUCUACUGUGAGUUCAAUACUUCUUGUCCAUCAAGACCCAAGCAACUAACCUGGUAAGGAGGGAGCAAUUGUUGUUUCUAGAAUGAAGGCUCUCGUCUUUUAUGACAAAUUCUCGCCCGUUUGGCCGGGCCAUUCUUUUGAAUACAAACUAAGAGCCCUCAGUAUUUUUCUUUCUUCCGCCACCCAUCUAGCGAUGUGUCGCCACAACGUGUUGCUUAAACUGAUCUCCUGACCUGUACACAGAGAGUAAUCUGUCGCCGACACGUGUUGCUGCAACUCGUCUCCUUGUGUGUUCCGAUCUUUACUUAUUUCAACUUACCUUACAGGUGUGCAAUGGGUGCUGUCAUAUGUUACUGGGACGAUUAUUUGGAUGUUGUUGGACCGACAAUGGACACUGUUAGAUAUCCUUUGAUUAACAAGAUCAUUCUUUAUCAUGAUCCGACUAGCUUUCCAACUAUUUACGGGGCAAGCUAUCUAACUGUUAGAGCAUGCUAGAAUUAAAAAUUGUUCUUGUUGUUGUUGUAAAUGUUGGCUUGGCCAAGUUGGUAAUUGUGCUGUCAUGCUGCAAUUAUAUAUUGAUCGUGUUACUAAAAACACCCUUGAUUUGAACUGACAAUUGUUACUAGUGUAGUUUAAUUUUUUCUGUUACUGCCGUAGAAUAUUGGAAAUUUUAAGAUAUGAGUAGUUUUUUUCUUUCAUUGAACACGCUAUUGCCAUAUAUUUAACAAUUACUCCACGAGUGCGCGUUGAAUAUGAGUGGAAUAAUUGUUUAUUAAAAACGCCCACAAAAUAUCGUGAAUUCUUCCGGACUUCAUUUGUAAGAACAACCGAUUUUCAAUUUUUGGUAUAUGGUUCAUAUACCAUGAUGGCUAAGCCAAUCUGAGGUCUUUAAUUGUAUUGUUCAAUGGUUCAGUUUUAAUAAAUAUGCAUAUGCUACGGAUAGCACACUUUCUUAACAUAUUUCACAUAUCAGAUGGACAGUGCUGUUCAUUUAGUUCAAGAGUUAGAUGGCGUAAGAAUCAUUGGUAACGAGACUCAUGAACUGCUUCAGCGAGUUCCAGGUUGGUAAAUAUGAUUACGUUGAUUGCGGGCGGUUUCUCCUCCUGGCAAAACCUCCCUAGCAACGAGGAGCAAGGUGAAACCGCUGUAUUAGCAGACUACAAGUGAAAGGUUUCAAAAUGCUCGCAGAUAUUCUGUCUUGUUCUCGAUUCAUAAAGCUAUCGAAAUACAGCCAAAAAUAACAAUCCCUGUUGGUGGCCGGGAUGUCCUUGAGAUUUACUUCUUCUCUACAGAUAUUUGAUGCUUUUCCAAAUUAAAGCGUGUCGUUAUCUGUAGGUGCUUAAAGCGAAAUAAAAUCUCAAGACUGUUGACUUAAACCUUCAGCUCAGUGUGGUCUUGCUGUGGCUCAUGUGUGAUUUUUCAACUUACUCCCCGGAAGCAGAUUGGACUGACUCUACAUUCAGUAUUCCCCCAAAAAAAAAUAGGUACCCUGUUGUCACGAACAAGCAGAAAGCCCUAAACUUUAUUCCAGUGACUUGUUCAAUCGGUUCACGGUCAAGUCGCCCGAAAUCAUGGUCAUGUCGCCCGAUAUCUUGAGUCAUGUCGCUUGAAGUAAACAUCUAUAUUUGCGUCUUUGUUUAACUUCACAUUUGCGUAGGUUACCGGACACAGUUGAGUCUACAUUGUUCGACUAAAUUCCUUGCGAUAUACUUCAGAUGUUACUUUUCUUCAAGUCUAUACACUCGAUAAAAUUUUGGGCGACAUGACUUAGGAUUUCGGGCGACAUGACUCUGGUUUCGGGCGACUUGACCGGUUACCGUUAAACCAGAACCACUUCUAAUCACGAAUGUGAAUAAUUAUGUCCGAUACUAGAGCAACUAUUUCUAUUCAUCUUUCAGCUGCUGUCGAACAAGUGUUUAAAAUCGGCUCAAUGGAACCAGGUGCGAUGCUGUUUGAUGCAUCAAAGGAAUUUGAGGUAAGCAAUGCUUCACUCUCUCUGGGAAAAAGUUGUCCCGGAUAAAAGGCUCAGCCGCCUACCCAAGCCAGUGGCGGAUCUAGGGGAGGGGUCAGGAUCCUGGGGUGGGACCGCACCCCCUUAUCUCAGGGGUCUGAAUGACAGGGCUCCCCCUUAUCUGAAGGUCUGGACCCUCCACUGCGAGCCACCCUGGGCAGCCUGUUGUUGGGUGACCUGUUUUCCUUGGUAAGGUCACCAUCCUAGCUGAGCCAACUUUUCUCCAUAUAAUAAAAAAUAAUCAACUUUAUUUAUAUAGCACUAUUUCAGUCCAAAAGCUCAAUAGGGCUUUACAGAAUUCAUAAGAAAGAACAAUAAUGAAUGAAGAAAACCAUAGCAUGAUAAUAAAAAGAAUACCUGACGAACAACCUUAAAGUUUCAACUUAAAGAUUCUAAACUGCACCAAAAACUAAAUCCCUAAAAAUUAAACUGUCGUUAUGAUUCUUUCAUGUAUAUUCCUGUAAACAGAAAAAGAGCGCCCGAGCAGAGGAGUACAUUCGGAUGAUCAAAGAACGGCUUCCUGAGGCUGUCCAGCAAUGUAUCCACGCCGCUGCCGGGGAACAUGAGCCUGCAAUACAAAGAGGACUGCUGAGGGUGAGUAUAGUUUCGGAGGUAGUCAUGGUAACCACAUGAUCCUUAUGUUCAGUUGCUAUGUUUCGAUUCUCACAGCAACCCGCCCCCAGGGGGUGGGGGAUUCGUUGACAAGUUUAAGGUUUCUUACACAGUGAUUGGUGUUCUGUAAACUGCUAGAUAAAUUUACCAUUGUUUGAAAAAUACAUUAUCUGUUUUCCGUGGCAAAAUCACCACCUCCUACUAAAAAUGUUUUGGUUAAUCUGCUGAAGUUCCUUCGCUUGGGCAUAAAUCGUUGAACGUGAUGCCGUGAAAAGAAAAUCUGUACUCAGUGUAUCAGGGUAAUUUGAAUUGAAAGCGAAGAGCGCCAAUAGUUCGUCCAUUAUGUUUCUAUUUGAGGAGUGUAGUAAGAGACAUAAAGGACUUCAUUAAUGCUUUCGACGACGGCGUCAUUCAGUGAUUCUUCAGUUAUACAGGAUGAAUUGAAAGUAUAGCAAAUCUCAGCGAGUGGUCAACAUUCGCCGAUAACACUGCUCUGUUACCAUCUACCAAGCGAAGUUUGCAACGUCGCUUGGUCAGAGAUUUUAGGCGGGAAAUAGUUCUCGUGUAACAUGUCAUGUGUCCUCGUAGUAACCAACAAGAGUGCUCCGGCGGUCGAUGUUGGGGAAAAUUCCACCUAUAAUAGAACCGUUUUUUUCUAAACUGAUCUCCGCUGUAAUCUUUUCUUCGGCGUCAUUCAGUGAUUCUUCAGUUAUACAGGAUGAAUUGAAAGUAUAGCAAAUCUCAGCGAGUGGUCAACAUUCGCCGAUAACACUGCUCUGUUACCAUCUACCAAGCGAAGUUUGCAACGUCGCUUGGUCAGAGAUUUUAGGCGGGAAAUAGUUCUCGUGUAACAUGUCAUGUGUCCUCGUAGUAACCAAUAAGAGCGCUCCGGCGGUCGAUGUUGGGGAAAAUUCCACCUAUAGUAUAACCGGUUUUUUUUUUUACUAAUCUCAGCUGUAAUCUUUUCUUCUCUUUGCUAGGCUGCUUCCUUUGGUGAGAGUUUUCGAACUGAUAUGCCGCCACACGCGUUUGUUUCGAUGUGCCCGAAUCUUAGAGUGUUAAACGCCGUGCGGGACUACAUGGUUGGAAUUCCAGUUACAUAUGGACAAUAUCCUUUAUCUUAAUUCAAGAGUGAACCAAAUUUCAGUUGUUGCAAAAGCCUCGUCUCACAGGUUACGUUUUGCCCAAUUGCAGCGUGUGUUGCAGCAAGUGUACACUAUGCUAGCCUCCGUAGCAACACGAAAAUUUUUUUUUAUUUUUCGGGUUAAUUUGCAAUUGCUUAAAUUGGAAUUUCCGCUGCGACGAUCAUAUCUUCAUUGAAACUUGCAUUUCCGCAGUUCACGUCAUCUUCAAGUAAGUUAUCAUUGCUCUAGUCCCAACACUUUCGACGAACUUGCGCGGAAACUUUUUCUUCUUAGUCUAACACUAUGCCAGAUAGCUCUUGCGUCGGGACAGAAACCAUAUCGGAGAGUGUUUCUGUCCACACAAGAGAACGGUGAUUUCGGUGCGAUUUAUGUACCGGGGCAAAACUGCGGGGUUUAAAUUACUUUUUUUCUUUUACAGGGAACGAACGAGAUAUAUAUGUUCCUUUUUCUCUUUUUUGAAAUGGAUAUGAUAAAAGUACGUUAACAUAGUUUUCAAUUUUGUGGCUCUUAUUAAGUUCUUAAACUGGGCUCCAUUUUGCUUUUUUGUCCUCUGAGAGUACUCUGGUUAUUUUCAAAAAUUAUCCAAUUUUGACGCCUUGACGAUCGUCUUAGACUGGAAAAAGUAACAGUGAAGACCCUUAUCAACAGGUGAGUUUUGUUUUUGUCACGCUGUUUGUUAUCUUUUUAAAAAAGGUAAAACGUGCAAUGCUUAAGCAUUUUUUGAGGGGGAGGGGGCGGUAAAAAAGGUGUAUUGCGUAUAGCUGGAAAUUUUUUCAUAACAGUGCGCGCUCUCAUUGGUUUCUCCGAGGUCACAUGACCGUUACAGCGAGGGAAGCGAGGUUUAAUGAAUUUCCAGCUAUAUAGCCUCGGGAAACAUUGAGAUUCUCGGAAAACAAAUUUAACUGUUUCCCUCGAGUCCAGUCAUUAAGUGUUUAAGUGUUUAUUGCACUAUGAAACGUUCAAUAAGUUCCGAGCUUCAGGUGAGAAUCAAACUCACGACCUUUCGAGUUCAAGAUCAGGACGCUCUCCCCACUGAGCUGCUGGGAGCUCUAUAGUGUGGAGGGUCGAAAUUUUUAUUGAUUAUACAACAGACCCGCUAUAGUACAUAGUACGAAAUAGUACUUUUGCGAAAAAAAAAGCAAAAUGAAUAUGAUGUAUGUCCGAUAACCUUUCUCUUUUGCCUGACUAAAAUGGUAACGUGGUUGGACUUAAGUCAUUUCUAAAUAUCAAAAUUAUUUAUAUUCCUAGUGAAUAUAAAACAAGUUGAAGCAAAGUUUUUGUUUUUUUACUUGCCUACUUUCCGUGUCUAAACCGUGUUUACUACAUUGAUUUUCCCGCCGUCAGAUCUGGAGCGGGAAUUCUUUGCCUUAAGUUUAUUUUAUUACCGUUUAUUUUCUGCUCCUGUAGGCUUGUUUUGAGGCGUCACUACUGUCUGGCCAUAAGAAUCUGUGAUUACUGGAAGAUUUCUAAGGGGGAGGGUGCCAGUCGCAUCCUUGGACACUUGGCUCGUUAUAAAGUGGGUGUAACCAGCGGAUACCGGUUGGCUGUUACCUAUAUGUAAGCAGGGGUCUUCCCGCAAUCAGCUUAUGGCUGGUAAUUAAUAAAAUUGGUAAUGGUGAAUUAUAGUUGUGGCAGUAGACAUGACUGAAGUUGGGUGUCCCGUGGUUGUUUCAUGUGCUGAAUUUGGCUCAUUUCUCUUCGUGUUUGUGUAUUUAUCAACCUAUGAAAAGAUCUGUGUAUUUAUCAAAGAUCACAAAAUCAACCUAUGAAAAGAUGUAGAUCAAUUAGAGUGGAUUGUACGCGGUGAAGACAGCGUGGCCAGGCGCCCAUCGCGUUGUUUUCGCAAUCCGCCGGUCCCGGGUUGGAGUCCCACUCUAGCCACUUGCUGAAUUUAUUCGCGGUAUUUCCAAGUUCAGAUACCCGGUCAUGCUUGUAAAUGCUUGUAAAUAGCCAUCUGGUUGCCUCCUGCCAGUUGGGGUUUUUAAUCCUGUUGUGUUCUAUUUCCUCAAUAAAUAAACAGUUGGACUUUCACGUGGCUGGCCGGAUGAUCGCAUUGAAAUUAACUUCUCCGCCCUAGUAGAAUACAAUAGUGUCCGUAAAUAGUUUUUCUUGUGUUGAAUAUAUUGACAUCUCUUUCGAUCCUUCACUUCUUCAAAACUUGCUUUUCUUGUUUAAACAGGUUCAGCAAGCCAAUGUUGAUGACGAAGAGAUUGCUCGUGCCAUCAACUCCAAGCUCGGAGAGACUCCUGGGAUAUCUUACUCAGAAAUAGCUUCAAAGGCAGUUGACUGUGGACGAACGCACCUGGCCAUCAAGGUUAGUUGAGAGCAUUCACAUGAACAGUAUAAUUAUAGACUAUACGUUCCCAGUUCAAUUUGGGACAUAAACUGGUGUCUGACGUUAGUAUUUCCUUGCUAAAUGCACGAGGUUCAAAAUAACGUGGGUUGAUAUAGAAUGGGUUUUUUACCUGCGGAAUUGCGUUUACUGUGGGUAAUCAAGAAUUGUUUCCGUACCUGGAGUAUUAAGACCUCGCUUGCUUUCAGCGCUGCACUUUAUCAGGGACCUUAAGCAAUGACGACGACGACGGCAGUGAAAACGUCACUAAGAAAAUGAAUUUCCCGCGUCCUUUCAAUCUUUAUCGCGUCUAUUUGGAACCGCUUAAUUCGUUAAAUGUCGGCGACUUUUCCUGGAGUUAAAUUCCUAUUGUCUUUAUCCAUGUUCAAAUCGAGAACGGAAAAUUUGUUUUCGUAUGUCCACGUCCUCCAUAAAACGUUGCAUUGGGAGGUUUCACGUCGUAGUCGUGCAGUGGACGUCAAAGAAAUGUACCAAAAAGCGUGAUUCACGUGCAGAGCAGUCGUUUUGCUCAUAAAACCAAUUGUUGUUUGACGUUGUUGUUGUUGCAAAACAACGGGCGCUUUCCAUUCAACCAAAACGUUCGAAAAUUGGAAACAGCGGCAAAUGGUACAGAAAUGUCCAGGAAAAGUUUCCAGAAAUUCCGAAAGAUGUUGAAUUUCCGAAAUGUGAACCAUGCAUUCAAUCGAAAAUUCUAGAAAUUCCCGGAAGCAAAGUACAAUGAAAAAAAAACUUUCGGAAAAAUUUUUUUUAAAAUUUGGGCACCCGUCGAGAAACAAAACUUACGGCUGCAAAGAAGAGGAUGGGGGAAAGGAACAUCGAGGGUUUUAACAACUGAAGUUUUUAAUUCAAUAUAAAAAAAACAUGUUGAAGUUUUAUGCUCUAGCCCUUCGUCAGACUGACCGAAGGGUUAGCACUCGAAAUGUCCCUACUAUGCCAAAUUUCCUAUGUCAACUUAAUUGAUUAAUAUAAAUUCUUAGCUUUCACCGUGGUUCGCUCGAGGGGUUACCAACAUGCUCGUUUCAUGGGACGUCAACAACACCUGGAACAGACCGAACCAGAUCAACCCCUGUAACUGACUGAAUAACAAAAGGUAAGGGAUAGUGCCUCUGGGAAUGAUCUGAUCCGGUUCUGCGGUCCAGGUUUUGCCUACGGCCUUUCUCGUGGCUUCGCCGCCUGUGCCUCCACGAGGAGACCUGCUUACAACCUGGCUUAAAGCCAGCCUUGACCUCUAGCUGGAGCAAUCUCACCAUAGUAAGUUCGUCGUUUGACAAUCGGUAAACGAGCCUAUCAUAGCCAAUUCAUGAUUCAUAAUGUAUCUUUCAAGAUGCUCACAUCUUCUUGUUUUUUUGUUUUUUUUUACCUGUAGCUUUUGGACUAUGAGGCGGAAGCCGCUGACCAAGUUCCACUGCUCAUGCGGAUGAAUAAAGAUGACCUAGCGCUCGAGAAGGCCAUUAUGAUUGGAGACACGGAUCUGGGUGAGUUGUGAGUGGGUACCACUGCGGUUAGUUACAGCCGUUUGGUGAUCUUUUUAGUCCGUUUUGUUUCGUCGUUGUCGCUCAAAAGCCGACUUAUAGGAAGGUCUAUCGUAAUGUUGAAAUUGUACCAAAGGUUCAAAAAAAUUAGAAUCAACUUUUUCUCAGCCUAAAAGUUGGCGUUACACUAGCGGUGUUACAAGCACGGGCAGAGUUGCAAACCGUAAAACAUUUUUGAACUUGUUUUGUAGCUUAUUAUUCUGAUCUUUUCUUGCCGUUGACACAAUUUCAAGUAUAUCUCAACCAUCUUGAUCCUUACAUGCUCUCCUCCAAUGGUAACAGCUUUCUGUGCUCAGGUGAUCAAAAUUGAUGGAUCCGAACCGCCGUCAUCCAAAACCCGCCUACUUGAUUUUCCCCUGUAUCCAGAUGACAUUUGAUUUGUGUUGUCUUUUUUUUUUCUGUCUAGUAUUUAUGGUUGUUAUGCAUUUGAAGGAUAAUCUAAUUCCUGGCGAGUUCUUGAUGGCCAUACGUUACCGUCCUGUGGCACUCAGCCUCCACAUCAAGGUGAGUCUAUGAGAAAAGAGUUGUGUAAAUGAGUGUGUAUUUGUUCAAGGCUCCAACCAAGAGAAAACUUGCCGUAAGGCCCUUCAACGUAACGCUAAUAUUGUAUUUGCUAGGAAACGUUUUUCCUUUUAUGCGUUCACUCUUUAAGAUCACAAAAAUGACGUCAAAAUGUUGGAGGAGUGAGUGGUUUUACGGUAUCGUUUGUACCAUCUAAUGUCAAUUCUUUGAAAUGUCGGAGCCUCGGCAGUGACAAAUGGCUACUUGUCUAGUUAUUUGUUGUUGUUUUUCUACAAUGUCUUGGAGAAUCGCACUCAACAGACAGAGACGAGAAGGAUCUUUCGUUUCUAUUCUCUGUACUGUCAUGAGCAAAACCUGUCGACCAAUCGGGGCGCAGAAAACACUCGGUUAUUGUAAAUCAUUAAACUGUGUGGCAGGCGUCUUAAGAGGUAUUGAAAAAAGUGAAAGUGGGAAAGGGAAGCCUGCUCUAGGACCACUUUUUUCAUUUCUGCUACCUUUUCCCUUCACUCUCUUUUUCUCUCCCUCCCCCUUCCCUCGUUUUGUACCUGCCACCCAGGCUAUUGUGAAAUCUAUAUAUUCACUUUGACAUGACUAUCAUUUGUCUGCAGUACUGUAAGGAUCAGGAUCGCCGUACACUUGUGGACCUGUUCUACCGGGAUGACCACUUUA